AUGGCACCUCGUAAACGAAUGCAAUCCUUGCCUCUGCAAGGCAACUUCAAUAAGAAGGAAUUUGGGACUCUAAUGAAGGGACCAAAGCGGAUGCACGAGGAACUUAUACCAAGUAGGCAGAGACUAAUUGACACAGCUGUGCGAGAGGGGGGGGUGUUCAUUUCAAGGAAGUUUGGGGAGCCUCUCAAAACAAUUUCAAAGAAAGUGGUGGAAAAUUCCAAACGAGUGCGUCUUGAUCAAGAGAUGCUGGGUGAAGGUUGGGGAUGGAAUGCGUCUGCAGCCCAUUUUGGAGUUGGUGAGCCAUCAUCUCCAGUGGAACGGUGUGAAAAAGGAAAAGGAAGGAUGGUCGACAGGGAAGACUUGGAUGAAAACAUGAAUUAUGAAGGUGUGUAA